AUGGCUGCUCUGCUGUUGAAAGUCUUCACGCUCGCCGUACGCACGCUCGCAAGGCCGUUCGGAGACAGUUUCCAGGCUUGGGCCCUCCGGCACGAAACUUUCAGGAAGCAAUGCAUCGGGGCGGCUCAGAUGAUCCACAGAGUGGAGGUAAGGAUGUCACGGGGGGCAGAAGGCAAGAAUGGCAAGGCAUUCAUUGGGGACAUGACAGAGGAGAAGGCCAUGGAGUUGGCAUCCAGGCUUGUCUCUGAAGGAUUUGUGUUCACGGUAUGCUGGGCAGUGCGAUAA